GCGAUCUCUCAUCGUCAGUGACUUCACGGACUUCGCAGGAUUAGAAAGAACAUGGCGCGAUUCCCGCCGAUGGAUUCAGUCUUUCGUUCGUUUUCAAGGGACGAGUUCGUGUUUCCGGAUCCUCGAAGGAUGUCCUAUAGAUUUAGAUAUUACGACCGGCCCACCAUCGAUCACCGUUUCAGACUUUUCCCCUUCAGGUUUUACUGGGAGGACUUUGGCGUGCCGGUUCUCACGAUUCUAAACGUGGACCCGUGUAUCGCGGAGAAUGGAGAAAACCAUAGAACCUCGAGAUACGAUUUAAUGACCCGGGAGUACGACGAACCUAGGCUGGUUGUUAGACGCGGACAGGAAUUUUACUUGAACUUGACUUUGUCCAGGGACUACGAGCCAAGUAUCGAUGGUAUGUCGAUAGUUUUCACGGUCGAUGGAGUGGAGAAGCCGCAAUACGGGCAUAAGACCCUCGUUGUGACGGCGGUACUUUACCCGGGAGAAGAGUCGCAAGACUCCUGGAAAGCCAGCAUCGACGCCAUUCAUCCGAAUUUUAUUCGACUGAAGAUCGUCCCAGCCCCCAACGCUAUAAUAGGUAAAUGGAGGAUGGACAUCGACACCAGGAACAAGGAUUUGAACCAGGCCGUUAGUUACACCAUGAAGCACUCUUUCUACGUGAUCUUCAACCCCUGGUGCAAAGAGGACACGGUCUACAUGGAGGACGAAGAUCAGCGGCAGGAGUACGUAAUGGCGGAGGAUGGAUUGAUAUGGCGAGGAAGCUACAACAGUUUGAGACCAACGGUUUGGAAAUAUUCGCAGUUCAAGAGAGAUAUACUGGACUGCGCGCUUCAUUUGAUGAUCGAAGUUGGCAAAGUGCGAAUUUCCAGCAGAAACGAUCCUGUCAUCGUAUCUCGCAUUCUGUCCGCGGCUGUAAAUUCGCCCGAUGACAACGGUGCGGUAAUGGGUAAUUGGUCCGACGAAUUCGGGGGUGGUACGCCACCGACCAAGUGGCUGGGUUCGCAAAAGAUUCUGCAGCAAUACUACAAAACCAAAAAGCCUGUCAAGUAUGGCCAGUGUUGGGUGUUCUCGGGGGUGUUGGCCACUGUUUGUCGCGCUUUAGGAUUACCCUGUCGCGUGGUGACCAAUUAUGCGAGCGGGCACGACACUCAGAGCAGCUUGACCCUCGAUUAUUUCGUGAAUGCCGAGGGAAAAGCCAUGGAAGAGCUGAACAGUGACUCGAUGUGGAAUUUCCACGUAUGGAACGAGGUGUGGAUGUCCAGAUUGGACUUGUCGCCCCAGGAUUCCGGCUGGCAAAUGAUCGAUGCGACUCCUCAGGAAUUGAGCGAAGACGCGUAUCGUUGUGGUCCAGCUUCCGUCGCUGCUGUGAAGAAUGGCGAGAUUCUUCGACCUUACGACAACGCUUUCCUCUUCGCCGAGGUGAACGCGGACAGGGUGUUUUGGCGUUACAACGGACCGAUUCAACCCUUGAAGUUGAUUAAAAAGGACGUGCACGGCGUCGGCAAACUCAUUAGCACGAAGGCGGUAGGCAAAUGGACCAGAGAGGAUAUCACGCACACCUACAAGUACCCUGAAAAAUCGAACGAAGAACGGGAUACCAUGAUCAAGGCGUUGCGUCAAAGUCAGUCGUUGUUCAGCCGUUACUACCUCAACGAAGAAUUCAACGAGAUUACGUUCAACUUUGAGCUCCGCGACGAUAUCGUAAUUGGACAACCUUUCAGCAACGUGUUGCUGAUCGAAAAUAGCAACCCCGACAACGAGUACCGAGUCUCGGUGAUUUUAAGAGUAGAAACGGUUUUGUACACCGGUCGGGUCGGCGAACCAGUGAAAAAAUUAAAUAUCGACCGUCUGGUAAAACCUGGAGACCCCGAGGAAGUGCGUAUGGUGGUAUCCUGGGAGGAAUACGGUCCUCGAUUAUUGGAUCAAUGCGCGUUCAACAUCUCCUGCUUGGCCAGCGUUAAGGGCACCAAUUUCGAGUACUUCGCGCAGGACGAUUUUCGCGUGAGGAAACCCGACAUCAAAAUCACGCUGGAGAACGAGCCGGUGGUGGGCAAGGAGCUGAACGCGACAGCCAGAUUUAAAAAUCCGUUACCAAUCCCGCUGAAAAAGUGUAGGUUCCUGAUCGAGGGUCCCGGACUGGAGGAGCAGUUGAAGGUGAAAUUGACGGAUCCGGUGGAAGUGGGUGCACACGCGGAGUGUUCCUUCUCCAUGGAACCAAAGUUUCAGGGACGCGCCACGAUCGCGGCGAAAUUUUACUCGAAGGAGCUCGAGGACGUUGACGGUUUCGUGAAUUUCAUGGUGAAACCCGCGACAGUCGUUGCGAACGGCGACUGACGCGAUCGUAAGCGCGAAUCGCGCGUUCGUAGGUCUUCCGAAUAGCUUUAUCUUUUGAUACUAGUAUACUAGGGUUAUUUUGUAUAAAAUAAAAGUUUG